AUGUCAAGUGUAUCGACUAGCUCGCUCUCAAUAGACGAGAAAGAAGGGUGGAGACAGCUUCGGAAAGAACUGCAGAGUAUUGGCAUCACCCCCGAAAUCUUCACCCGGAACCGUAAUUUUAUCCUCACCUCUCUGCAAGCUCUAUCGCAGAACGAGAUUGAAGGCUGUCAUGUCAACUUUGCGACAGUAGAUUUGGGUCAGGGAGAAAUUUUCCCAGAAAUGCUUCGGGGGCCUUCAGAUAGUACUCCGGGGGCGGAAAUUGAGGAUGAGAUCCCCGUGACCACGGCCACAGACACUGAUCCCUAUCUCCCGGAGGAGGAAACGCUGAACGUCGAACCCCAGCUUCCGACCUACAGCCAAGGGACAAUCCCUAUCCUGGCACCCGGCAAAAAGUCCAAUCGAGUGGCGCGGCUACUUUACAGAAUCACUCACACCAAUGCUGAUCUCAUAAAGGCAGUGCGAAAUGGAAAUUUGGAUGAGACCAAAGCAGUCAAGAACGCCAUUUCCAGCCCUCAGGUCGCCAAAACAGCCGGUACGCAGGUGUUCACUGGCCCACCUCAACUGAACCUGGACACGGCCUCUCCAUCCGACGAAACGAUUGUCUUGUCAAAUGAGAAGAACUAUCCAGACUAUCCUGUCGAACAGUUUCCGGGCUUCUCAUCCGCUAUGCCCAUAUCCAACGCUCCGGACGAAAAUGGCGUUCUUGAUCACAAUUUUCAUGCCACCGGCGAAGCCAAGGUUCUGUUCCUUACUACAAGUAUUUUCGAGUUCAAUAUCGACAGUCCUAGACGCGAGGCCGGGUAUCCCUACCUAACCUACGGACUUGGGGAGAUGUUCAAUGUCAUCGGUGAGACCGGAGAAUUGUGGCUUGCUUAUAAUCAGGACGACUCUGCGCACCAAGUUGGAUGGAUCUGGCACAAGCACUUUGUCAAAAUUUCGUAG